AACAAACCCAUUGAUGAAACCCGGAAUUAUUCAGGGAGAUUGUUACCAGGCCCGAGCACAACGGCCUUCUUAGUCAGUUCGCAGAAUUAGAAUAUCCGGUGCUUUGCAAGGCCAAACAGUCCCUAGGGUUUUGCACCCCACCGUCGGGCAAAGAACAAGGUCCCAUUCGCAGCUGCUGCUAGCGUGCUACUGCUGCAUCAUCCGAAUCAUUCGGAACUUAUUUGUGUCUUGAAAUUGUAGAAUUGUGCAAUCUUUGUUCCUCAAAGCUAAUCCCCCAAAAUUUGUAGUUUUAGGGCUUAUUAAAUCUGUUGCCUGAGAUCAAUGGGCGAUGGAGCGCAAGUUGAAGAAGGGAUCUUGCUGAUAAAACAGCUUGGCGCGUGCAACCAGAGCACUCGAAACAAAGCCCUCUGCAUCCUCCUCAAGACUUGGCUUCCAUCCCAACGCGAUCUUCCUGAGGACAACAUGAGGAAGCUCUGGAAGGCCCUCUUCUACUGCGUCUGGCACGCCGACAAGCUCCCGGUCCAGUCCAUCCUCAUCGACGGCCUCUCCUCUCUCCUCCUCCGCCUCCAUCUCCCUCUCUCUCUCCACUACUUCUCCGUCUUCCUCCUCACCAUGCGCCGCGAGUGGCCCGGCAUCGACGCCCUCAGGUUAGACAAGUUCUACCUCUUGAUUCGAAGGUUUUUGCACCAUUCUUUCGUUUUUUUGAAAAAUAAUUCGUGGGACUUGGAGCUUUCGAGGCGCUUGAUGGGUGUGUUGGUGGAGACGACUUUCUUUUCUGACGAUAAGUUUCGGGGCAUUGGCGUUAAUUACCAUAUUGCCUCCGUUUUUCUUGAAGAACUCAGGCUGUUCCUUCCGGUUCGCUCCGCAAUAGUAGAGGUUCUCUUGGAACCGUUCGUGGCUGUGAUGGGGAAGUUGUCUGAUAAAGUGUUGCUAGGGAAGAUUAGGUCUAGUAUGUUUGACGAGUUGUUAAAAAUGGGGAGAAAGUUAUUGGAGAUCAAGAAAGUGGGGGAUGAGGUUGAUUCGGGUGACCAAGCCGUGGUGGUUGGGACAAUUGCAUUGACCAUGGGGUUUUCGAGCAAGUUUUAUGAAUUGGGUUCUUCGAUUCAGUGCUGUCAGGGGAAUAGGAAGAUGUUGUUUGGUUUGUACGACGAGUUUUCCAAGUUGGAGAAGGAUUUGGCGUCUUCUGGGAUUGAGGUUUCGAUUCCUGAUGCUGUUGAAGAUGAUGAAGAAGAAGCACCAAGUUUGGUUCCUAUUAGCACUGAGAUGGAAGUGGUUGGUUCUAAACCUACCGAGGUUGCUGCGGAUGCUGUGAAUGUAUCUUCUGAUGAAAAGCCUCUGAAGAAGUGCAGGAAAAAGAAGAAAGACUCCGGUGGCAGUGGCAGUGGCAGUGGCAGUGGCACUGGCAAAAAGUCUAAGAAGACGGAGUCGUUGAAGAAGAAUGAGAUUGCUGAUAUGGUUUUAGAGAACAGUCAUGCGGAGAAAGAGAACAAAGAUGUAGCCAUUGCAAAUGGGGAGAAUUCAAAUGAUGAAUAUGCUAGUGAUGGGAGUUUCGUAACAUUAAAUGAAUCUGUGAUUUCCAACCUCCAGAUGCAGAUUGAGAACGUUGCUGCUGAAGUAGGUUUGGAUAUUGACGUUCCAAGUGCCUGCGAGUUGCCCAAAAUUAAAGUUAAUGGUAUUGUAUCCAAGAAGAGAAAGAGAUUAAAGAGCAUGGAUACACAGAAAUCCCAAAAUCCCGAGCUAAAUAAUGGAGAUGCUGAAGUUGGCACAGGUGCUAAGAGUGAGGGAAAGAGUGUAAAGAAGGUAAGGUUUUCCAUGAAGAAUAAUUUGGUCUGGAAACCACAGUGUCCCUUACCUGCACAAAGUCUAAGAUUGCCUCCCUCUGUUACGCCAAGAGGAAGUGCACUUAAGAAAGGGGUACCUCCUGGUCCUAUCAGGGAGAUCACUCCUGCGACUAAAAAGGUGAAACAGAGAGCUGUUUCUGCAAAGAAAGCCCGUAAGGCCAUAAAAACCAUUUCUCCGACCGUCAAACGCCUGAAGAAAAAGAAAUCUCGUUCUACCUAGUAGAUAAAUUGUGUGCUUCGAGCCAAAAGAUGGAAAUACGAAAGAAAAAGGUAGCUUUCACGUAUUAUUGGAAAAAUUUCUCUCAUUUUUGGUUAUCAUGCUCUUAUGCUUGAAGAUUCCCCCAUCUCGUGCUCUUCCUUCGUUUCUUGGUUUCUGUUGUCUUCAGAACGCUUAAGUUUAUUUUGAUUUUGAUAUUGUUUUGUUCGUUGAGCAGAAAUCCAAUGUUACAUUGACUUGA